AUGGAUUUCUCGAAGAGAUACAUGGUCGAUACAAAUUACCAGCGAUUCGUUGUCGACCAGCUCAAGUCGCUCAUCGAUGCAGAUGUUGCUGCCAUUGCCGUGAACCCCAUCUUCGGGACUCUUUGGCGUACUGUCUGCAAUGACCGCGAAAACCCAGCCCGAGAUGGCCUCAUUCAGUCCUUCGGUUAUGCAGUUGAUCGCAUCUCCGAGCCAGAGAAGAAGAGUCGGAUGAAGACUUGGUUAGAAGAGUCGUACGAUUAUGCCGCAGAGAUCCUCGACAUCGUCAGCCAGGUCCCCAACGAGGAGAGAUACCCCUGCGUAUUCUUGGACCCGACCGUAUUUUUUACAAACGAGGGCAACGGCGAAGACGACAAGGCCAAAGCCUCCGGCAAGCAAGGUGUCGCUGGUUUCACGCGUGACGAGCUGAUGGAGAUUGGUCGUUCCUGCGACUCUCGCAUUCUCCGCAGGCUCGGUCGAGUGCUCACACGACUUACCUAUGUCCAGUCUGAGAACACCCUGCCUGCCCACAUGAAAGGUAACGAGGAGGUCAUUCGGAUUCCGAUGGCACUUGCGGAUGCGAAAUACCAGCGCAAGUUCUGGAGAAUACUCCUUCAUCUUAUUCUUCCUGGAACAAUGCUGGCAGCCCGUCCCGGAGCGCUUCUAGCUGCACUGUCUCUGCGUAUGGGCUUGAAACCCCUUACAGAAGCUGCCGACCAGGAACUCCUAUUCUUCAGCAAGAAGUGGAACAACCUGGACAUACCGGAAACUUGGAACGCAAGCUGCCUUUCAUUGCUUCUCGACGCCGACAGAGACUACGAGAAGCGAGUCACAGAAGGCGUCACCCAUCGCCACAGCCACGACGCCUGCAUCUUGUCGGAGGGAGAUCGUCAGCUGUUCAAGACGCUAGUCGACUACAAGCUACUUGAGCUCAACCUCAAUACCACGCUCCAGGCCAAGCUUGGUUGGCAUCCGGAGAAAUCCAAAGUCGCGCUUGGGCCUGUCGUGAUCUGCAAAAGCUGCAGCUUCCCUCGCUCAGUCACAAUCAUGGGGCGCGACGGUGUCUGCGGUCUCUGUCCUCAGAUGUGCAACUGCAAUAUCUGCCAGCCCUUUGAGGAUGAAAAGCUAAGAAGGGAGACGAACGUGCGUGCUGAUGAUAACGAGAAGACGGAGGGCACAUGGGUCGAGUGUUUCACGCCGACCUGUCGUGCCCAGUACGUUGUCUACAACCCAGACUCUCUGAACGUGCGUCCCAAGUGCUACUACUGCCGACACAGUAGCUCGGCAAAUGCCCCCUGGGUUGAGUGCUCGCAGUGCCUUAACCGCAUUAUCUGGCCAAAGGCGUACCAACCUUCUGACUUCGAUGCCGCCAGCUUCAAAUGUCCUGGCUGUGUAACGAACAGGGUCACUAUGAUUGACUACGAAACUUCUGCCAAAAGCUUGAGCGGAGAAAACGGCACAUCAUGGCUUCUUCGCAACGAAAACGGUGCCAUCAAAGACCCUUUCAACGGCCGAUCUCUCUUCCACACCAUCUCAGCAGUCUCGGACCGACAGUCUUUAGCAGCCAAUGUAAAGGUUCUUCCAGCUGAAGCUGGACAGUCUACUCACCUGACCAUUCGUGGCAAGGUGGUGCACAACCAAGCGGAGGUGUUCGACUCGCUUCGUUCCUGGGUCGAGUCUCGGAAAACGGAGGCCGGCGAGUGCAGUUUAUGCUUCUCCAACAUUCGAAAGACCGAUUUGCGUCAGGCAUGCGGCCGCUCAGGCUGCCAUCAGACCAUCUGCAGUGGAUGCUUGCAAGACUGGUAUGGUCUCAACUCCCGGGGCAGGAUUAUCAACAUCGCCGCUCUAUCGUGCCCUUUCUGUCGCCGCCAGCCGACCCGCAAAACAGUAUCCGCCUUGGGUCUGUCUCAGCUCGGAAACCUGGGCACUGCCGUGGAAGAAUCCGGAUCGUGGAUCUAUGCUUGGUGCGAUGACUGUGGCCUCGCUCGUCGCUUCGUCGAGAGGGUGUGCGCGGCGGGGGCUCCCCAAGAAGUGUUCAACUGGUGUUGCGAUGAGUGCAAGGAGAUGAAGGGCACGAAGCUGCAGCUCAGAAACUGCCCUGGUUGCGGCACUCUAACAGAGAAAAUGGGUGGAUGCGACCACAUUGCCUGCACCUGUGGUGCCCACUGGUGCUUCUUCUGUGGAGAGAACGUAGGACUCGCCGACAUCUACGAUCACAUGGACCGUGUACACAAUGGUUGGUGGGACGGGCAGGACGAAGAACCAGGUGAAUACAUGGAUUAG